GCAACUGAUCAUCUAAUACUACUUUAGUUACACGGUAUAUAUCAAAGUACAAGGUCCAAGUCCUUGCUAAUCUAUAGGAUAAUUUCCUAUAAACUUUAGCUAGCGAUGAAAGGAGUUCAUUUCCCUGUAACUGCUAUUGCCCUAUUAGCAUUCGCCACCCUCCUUGCCUCUGCCUCUGAUCCAAGUCCUCUUCAAGACUUUUGCGUAGCAAUUAAUAACACCGAUCCUGCUGUGUUUGUGAACGGGAAGUUCUGCAAGAACCCAAAACUUGCGUCAGCAAACGAUUUCUUCUCUGACAAGCUCCGGAACCCCGGAAACACAUCGAAUCCGAUUGGUUCAAUUGUUACGGCGGCAAAUGUAGACGAUAUACCCGGACUCAACACUCUCGGCAUAUCCUUUGCUCGCUUAGACUUUGCACCAAAUGGCCUCAAUCCUCCUCACACUCACCCUCGUGCCACGGAGAUACUCAUAGUCUUGGAAGGCUCACUCUACGUCGGAUUCGUCACAUCCAAUGCCGACGGCAAUCGGCUGUUCACCAAAGUGUUGUACAAAGGAGAUGUGUUUGUGUUCCCAGUCGGUCUCAUUCACUUCCAACUCAAUGUCGGAACAACCAACGCUUUGGCCAUCGCGGGUCUCAGCAGCCAGAACCCGGGAGUGAUCACCAUUGCGAAUGCAGUCUUCGGAUCCAACCCUCACAUCAACCCUGAUGUUUUGGCCAAGGCAUUCCAGGUGGACGAGAAGGAGGUUGAUUAUCUUCAGAAACAGUUUUGGUACAACAACCAUUAAUCAAAACGACUACACAAAUUAUAUGAAACCUAAUAUUAAAACAACUACACAAAUUAAUUAUAUGAAAUCUAAUAUUAAGUAAAUAAGAAGAUCAUGGUUUGAUUUUGCUUAUGUAAUGAUGUGCCAGUAUAAUAUUAAUAAAACAGUGAUGCAUGUUGCUUAUCCCGAAAUCUCUUACUUGGAAGUUUUUUUUUUUUUUUUUUUUUUUUUUCGGUCGAGCUCUUACUUUUAGUUUGAACAAUCGAAAAAAGCAAUUACUUGUCAUGUAGAUGUAGCUGGGUUUCUAGAACUCAAGACGAGUCCAGCCAAUUUUGACCCUGAUGUAUUAAGAAUGGCGGUAAAAAGGAAGAAGAAGAUGAUUACGUAUACUGAAGAAAUGGUAAGUUAUAGGACCAGCACUUUUCUCUUUUUUUUUUUCUCUUUAAAUCAAUUGCAACAGCCUCAGGGUAUUGUAUAUAUACAAGUUCGUGAAAUCUGUAAGUUUUUUUUUCAUGAGCCUAACUAGCACUAUGUCCCUGGACGAGUGGGGAUCUCACAACUUUCUGAUGUACCUAUUUAAUAGUCGUAAUCUACAAGACAUUUGUUAUGCUAA